AACCACUCAAGAUAACCAUUAUCACAACUAAUGUUCUUACACGUCCUGCAUAUUUUGAAUUUAAUGUAUAACUCAAGUUCAGCCCUAAAUCGUGUUAAAUUGCAUUGUUUCCUGUCUGGACUACAAAUCCCAUGUGGAGGUGGUACUUGAUAGAAGAGAGUCCUCUUUCAGCAACAUUCUUCUUCCAGUCUCUUCCCCUGGACGACAACGUUUCGCCAGUGUAAAGUCGUUUGUUUCGCUUUAGUUGCGGAUUUUAUAGCUCUCGAAAAAAAGAUACUUUGAGUUACAACGUAAGUGCUGCUUGACUGGUAGUUAUUUCGACUAGGCACAGCUGCUCGGCUAGCUUGCUAGCAGCUACUUGUAGAUUUAUCUUACCUACGGCUUAUUCGUGGCCGCUUUGCCAGGUGAGCCUACAUAAACUGAAAACGUCACAAUGGUCUGAUACAGGUAUUUUCUGAAUUAUAUCCUGUAUUAAUAAGCGGUCAGUCGAUAUUGGCGGCAACAACACUGCACUGUGUUCUUUGAGUGUUCGUUGUGUAAGUUGGCCUGUUUGUAUUUGGCAUUUAGCAUUGUCUCUGUUGGCAGGCUGCGUAGAGUAGACUCAAAAUACAAACACUGUGGCCGUGUAAACAAACUUCUCAGCUGUUGACUUCGGAUAAUCUUGAAAAAUACCUGGUUCAGUAUGGCGCAACACGACCCCUCUCAUGUAGCCAGCUCACAAAAAGCACUUAUGCUGGAAAUGAAGAGCCUCCAAGAAGAGCCCGUGGAAGGAUUCAAAAUAACAUUGGUGGAUGAAUCAGAUCUGUAUAACUGGGAAGUAGCCAUUUUUGGACCCCCAAACACUCAUUAUGAAGGGGGGUAUUUCAAGGCUCGGAUCAAGUUCCCAAUAGAUUACCCAUACUCCCCACCUGCCUUCCGUUUCCUCACAAAGAUGUGGCACCCAAAUAUUUAUGAGAAUGGGGAUGUGUGUAUUUCUAUAUUGCAUCCUCCGGUGGAUGAUCCACAAAGUGGAGAACUGCCUUCUGAAAGGUGGAAUCCAACUCAAAAUGUCAGAACCAUUUUACUGAGUGUGAUCUCACUUUUAAAUGAGCCUAACACUUUCUCACCGGCCAAUGUGGAUGCCUCUGUGAUGUACCGCAAAUGGAGGGAUAGUAAAGGCAAAGAUCGUGAAUAUGUAGAGAUCAUCAGGAAACAAGUUUUGGCUACGAAGGCUGAAGCAGAGCGUGAUGGGGUCAAGGUGCCCACCACUUUGGCAGAAUACUGUGUUCGUACACGUGCUCCAGCUCCUGAUGAAGGUUCUGACCUCUUUUAUGACUAUUACUAUGAUGACGACGAUGUGGACGCUGAAGGUGACUGCUGCUAUGAUGAUGAUGACUCGGGCAAUGAGGAGUCCUGACAUGUUUUGCAUAAUUUCUAGCAUUUGCCCAAGAAGCCAGAUCUUGUAGGUCCUCAACCAGGAUUGGUUUGAAGCCUUUAUUUUUAAACCAACAACAGUUUUUCUCAGCCUCAAGGCAGAGAAAUAAAUGGGUGCACCUUGUUAAAGUGGUCAGCGUGGCAAGAUUUGCACCAGCACAAGUCUUUACCUUGUUCACAUGUUCCCACUAUCACCUAACACGUAUAAUUAUUUUAGUUAUAGUACAUUUGGGUUAAACCACUGCUAAAAAAAGAUGACAUUCUGCACUGGUGCAAGCCUACGUUUACCAUCUGUACUUUCAAACUUUAAUUUCCUUCAGUGUAUCCAACUGAGGUAAAUUCUGAACAACUGAAGUACAACUGAGAACAAUGUGAAUGUGGAAAGACCAUAUGGCAAACAAUCUGGCUUUCUGACUGUGAUAUAACAUGAGCUAAGUUUAACCGGACAGUGUUAACAAACUUUUACGUGCAUGCUGUAUCAUCAUGGGAGCUGUUUUAAUCAUUACAGUUGGACUGUUCACCUGCCGAAUUUUAGAAAUGGCUCAAUUAUGGGGGAAAAUGAAGAUUCAAAACAUUAGAGUCAGUGGCGACCACACGGCAAACUCUGACAAACUCUUAAAAAUUUUAACAUUCAAUAGAUUUUUGCUUUGUGUGUGUAUUUGUGUUAUUCUUCUGGUCAAUAACAAUGUCCUUUUGAAUGCUGAGAUACACCUUUUGACUUUGCUUGUGUUGGGGUGAGGGGUGAUAGUUUUUUUGUAGGAGCUGGAGGCUACAUGUUAAUUUGUUUUUCCUAUCAGGCUGACUAAAGACCUGAGGGAGCCAAAGAUUUACUUUUUCCAUUAAAAAAAAAAUAUAUGUAUAGUUUCUUUAGUUACAUAAUACUUGUAGCAACCCCUUGUUUGCUCAACCAUAACUGCAAUCUGUAAAUGCAAAUUAAACAGAUAAAUCUACAAGUCACAAAAUAAUAGUGAAUUGGAAAACCAUCAUCUAUCUAACAAGUGCACUGAGUGGACAGUUUUGAUUUUUAAUCAGAAUGUGUCUAUAUUGCUGUUGCAAAAUGAACUGUUACAGUUUUGACAUGAAUACAGAAAUUCUCAGGAUGAAAUGCAUAAAAGACUUAUUUUUCUUGUAUCCCUUCUGAAUGGAUUUAUAAUUUUAACACUCAGUAACAGAUACCUGUAGCUGUAUCAUAGUUUGUGUUCUUUUCUUUGAGUUGUUACUUUUUUUUUUCUAUGCUAUUUAACAGUUCAAUAAAGAAGUAUUAAAACGGA